UUUACAAUCGACCCUGAAGAUUUCUGCUAAGUGAAUAUUUGAUGCAGAAGCAUGCAGGCAAGAUGAAGAUGUGGAUUAUUUUUCUGUGCCUGAUUAAUGGAUGCUUCCAGACAGCUUCUGCUGCUGAUGUCACCCCAACACCCUCCACUGCCACAGUGGCACCCACUGAAGACGAGAGCACCCAACUGGUGGAUUGGUUGAUGAAGUACGGCUACCUGCCUCCUCCAGACCCCUCCACUGGCCAGCUGCAGGCCUGGACCGCGGUCACUAACGCUGUCAGGGCCAUGCAGAGGUUUGCAGGCCUCAGAGACACCGGACUCGUCAACGAGGAGACGAUGGCGCUGAUGAACAGUCCUCGCUGCUCUCUACCUGAUCAGGACGACACCUCCAAACCACCGGCCAACCAGGAGGGGAGCACCAUGAGGAGGAGGAGGAGGAGGAGGAGGAGGAGGGCUAUAGCCAUGUGGACACGCAGGAACAUUAACUGGAGGUUGCAGUCGUAUCCCUCCUCCUCCCAUCUGUCUCGUGAAACCAUUCGUUCUCUGGUCUUUUAUGCUCUGAGAGUUUGGGCCGAGCCGACGCCGCUGGAGUUCCACGAGGUGGGCAGCCCGGACGCAGCCGACCUGCAGGUAGACUUUCUUAGCGGUUACCACGGUGACGGCUAUCCCUUCGACGGGGCGGGCGGAGCAGUCGGCCACGCCUUCUUCCCAUCGGACCCCGCCCGGGCGGGAGGAGUCCACCUGGAUGCAGAGGAGGAGUGGGCCUUCAGACAGCCAGCCUCUGAGGGCACCGACCUGUUCACGGUGCUGGUCCAUGAGUUCGGCCACGCCCUCGGCCUCGCCCACUCCUCAUCUCGCCACUCAGUGAUGAGGCCGUACUACCAGGGUCCUGCUGGAGACCCUCUCCACUACCGCCUGGGACCUCAGGACCUGGAGCACAUCACCCAGCUCUACGGUAAAAGGAACCAGCUGCUGGCCACUAAUGCUCCCCGCCUCGUCCCAGAGCCUCAGCUGCACCACAGAGACCAUCAUCAUCAUCAUCAUCAUCAUCAUCACAAACACAGCCACGUCACAGAUCGAUGCAACACCAGUUUUGAUGCUGUGGCGAGAAUCAGAGGAGAGACGUUCUUCUUCAAAGGUCUGACGAUGUGGAGGGUGACCUCGGGGGGCUUGGUGUCGGGUCGGGGGGCUUCGGUCAGACGGCUGUGGAGAGGUCUUCCUCCUGACCUUCCUCGCCUCCACGCUGUGCUGGAGAGACAGUCAGAUCAUGCCAUCAUCUUCAUCAGUGGUUCCCAGUUCUGGCUGUUUAGGGAUCUGUCCCUGCAGGACGGCUACCCCCAGCCCCUGUCGGCCCUCCGGAUGGGGGCGGCCCUAUCUGGAGCAGACGAGGAGGAGGAGGCAGCAGGGAGGUGGGGUCUGGUCUGGGACCCCGAGGAGGGCCCCGUGUGGGGGAACAUGGGGGACUACGAGGUAGAGAAGCAGGAAGACAACUGGACUCAGCUGCUGAGAGAAGGUGUCAGCGGCAUCACCACAGACAGCGACGGCUCCGUCUAUCUCUUCAGAGGAGACUCCUACUGGAAGUUCUCGUCCCCAGGCUCCUCGCUGCAGGACGGAUACCCGAGGUCCUCCACCGCUGACUGGCUGGACUGUCCCGACUUCUCCUCGUCCUCUCCGGAGGUGGACGAGCUCUCCUUGUCUCUGUCUCCGCCUGCAGGAAGACAGGAGCUGAGGGAGAGGUGGAGGGAGGAGAGAGAGAAGGAGGAGGAAGAAGAAGGACAGAGGAGGAGGGACAGACAUGGACACAAACAUAAAGAGGACAGAGGUUCACACAUCUGGACACAAUGCAGCUGCCAGAAUGGAGCUGCUGGCUGCAGGACGGCAGCUUCUGCUGCUGCCUGGCUGCUGCUCACAUGGUCCCUGUUGACUGGUUAACCUCUGGGCUCUGAGCCUGUUUUGGCUGUUUUUUGAAUACUUUUGGCAAUUAUUUUCUCACUUUAACCUACUUUAUCAACACAUUGAGCCCAAAAAUCAUGAAAUCCGAGUUGAAAAAUGAUACUACACUGCAAAAAAAGCCAACUUGUAUUUUUUGGCCAAAAACAGUGAUUUAAGUUGGUAAAACUUGGAAAUAUAAAUUAUUGACAUUUAGGGCAAUAAUGUAAGUUAGCACAACAAAGGAAGCCAGUUGUCUGCUCAAAAACAAGUUGGUGCGUUGUUGUUACUUAUAUCUUUAAGUUGGAGUUCAAAACAAGGGAC